AGCAAUCCAUGAUCUUCUCCGUCGCGGUACUCUUGUCGAGCAAAAGUUGAGUGGGAAAAUUACAUACUGAUAUUGGAAGAUCCGUUGGAAGUUGUGGCUCACUAUGAUAGGCAUUCAUGUUUUUUUUUUUUUUUUUUUUUUUUUAAAUUUCUAGAAGGGUUUGAGUAUGAUGCGAUAGGAGAAAACGCAUGACAUGGAUCCAGGGCCACGACUGACUCGGCCCUUCUAUGUGUGCCGGGAAUAUGGAAACAUAGUAGUAGUAUCAAACAACCGGAUGCACGUAUAUUAUCCAGACGAUCAUUAUCCACAUUCAGAAUGAAUCCAUGGCUAGCUUCUAAAGGCGCCAGUCUAGUGGUCUACCCUCAUACAUUCAGAGUCAUGCAUCAGGUUGGUAUUUUGGACGCACUGUUACCUGUGCGAGGCAAGCUUCAUCACCAUUUGUCCUUCACCGCAGUUGGUUACGUGUUCAAAGAAGGCCCACGCUAUGGUCGGAUAGAAGCAAAUUCGAUUGCAUAACCCCAUUGCGAUG